AUGGAUCAAUCAGCUGUUGCUCCGACGUUGGAGUUCACUCUCUUCCCUCAACUCCUUUCUGAGAUACGCGUCAAGAUCUGGAAGCACUCUCUCAAUAAUAUCACACCUCGUCUUAUUGAAAUCCAUCCCGAUGUCAAAGAAGGAGGCUAUUACAGCCCUGCUCGGAUACCCGCCAUAUUGCAUACCUGCUACGAGUCUCGCCAGGAAGCCUUAAAGGUCUACAAGCUCAGUUUCGGCACCGAAAAGAUCCCGCCCAGGAUCUUCUUCUGCGCCGCUGACACCCUCUUCCUAAGCCACUUUUGCUUUACAGUGAGGCGGUUCCAUAGCUUCAUGAAAGAGACGACUGGGUUUGACGCCGUUCAAUCGCUCGCUGCUUGUAUGAUCAUAAGCGCAUAUUUGAUGACUCGGAGUGGGGAAGAUGCUGAAUCUCUCUGGUUGAAACUCUUCAGCGAUCUGCGCGAGAUGAUCUGCACCGACCAUAUCCCGAGAUAUGCCAGCUGUCGAGAUCGCACUGUGAGGAUCUUAAACUUCGUGCCUCCGGAGGGAGAUGCGGUUUUCGCAGCCUUGUUCUUGUCGAAGACGGGUAUGAUUCUGAAUCAGGGACUGAUCGAGGCUGUCACGGAUAGAGAGACUAGAUCGACUAGUAGCUACUGA